AUGAAAGGGUUAUCAAGCAACCGAGGACACCAUAUUGUAACCAAUUGUGACCCUUCGUGUGAUACAUUGUCCCACCAACAGGAAAGGAAGCCAUACAUACUCAAUCCAGUUGACUCCCAGCAUGACGAUCAUUCCUAUUGCACCCAGCGGAACUCCUUUCAUUCAGAGUGCAUGGUUCCGUUCAGUGAUCAAAUAUCAAGUAGUACUUUUCCCAGAAGACAUUACAGUUCACAGCAUGACCUUAAGGACGAAUGUGGCCUGGUGCCUGCACCUUCAACCAAUAAAAUCAAUCGCAUCCCUGCCAACCUCCUGGACCAAUUCGAGAGGCAACUCCCAAUCCGCCGUGAUGGGUUCCACACCUUACAAUAUAAGCGGACAGCCCUGGAACACCGGAGUGAAAGUCCAGGAAGAAUCCGCCACCUGGUUCACUCAGUGCAAAAGCUGUUUACCAAGUCACAUUCUCUUGAAGGACCUUCCAAAGGAAAUACAAAUGGUAAUAAAGCAGGUCAUGAUGAAGUGCAUGGUACAAAACGUGGCAAGCGCAGCAAGAGCAAAGAUAGGAAGUCAGAACCGAAGAACAAAUCUAAUAUUUCAGGGUGGUGGAGCUCAGAAGAUAACUUGGAUGGUGAUGUAUGCAUUUAUCAUGGGCCAACAAACGUGAUGACCAUGGGUCGAUGUCCUGACCGUUCAACAUCUCAGUACUUCAUGGAAGCUUAUAAUACUAUCAGUGAACAGACGUUAAAAACUUCCAGAAGCAAUAAUGACAUGAAAUGCACGACUUGUGUAAAUAUCCCACUGAAUGUUGAUGCACAAAUCAUGAAGAAGAGCUCGUGGUCUUCAACAUUAACAGUGAGCCGAGCCCAUGAGGUUUAUCAGAAAUCCUCAAUGAAUCUUGAUAAUAAAACCGUCAUGAAAUCAGAAACGUGCCAGAAAGAGCGUUCAUGCCAGUAUCUCCAGGUACCACAAGAUGAAUGGAGUGGUUAUUCUCCACAAAGUAAAGAGGAUGAAAUUCCUUGUCGGCGAAUGCGCAGCGGCAGCUACAUUAAAGCAAUGGGAGACGAUGACAGUGGGGACUCAGACACUAGCCCUAAACCUUCUCCAAAGAUUUCUGCACGGCGUGAGAGCUAUCUCAGGGCCACCCAUCCGUCCCUAACAGAGCUCAGCACACUCAAGAUUUCAAGCGAACAUUCUCCCAAACUUCAAAUACGAAGCCACAGUUAUCUGCGCGCAGUCAGUGAAGUCUCAAUUAACCGAAGUUUGGAUAGCUUGGAUCCUGCGGUGCUUCUCGCCUCGCCCAAGUUCCGUUCUCGCAACGAGAGCUAUAUGAGGGCCAUGAGCACCAUCAGCCAGGUGAGUGAGGUGGAAGUUAAUGGACAAUUCGAAUCUGUUUGCCAAUCAGUAUUUAGCGAAGUGGAGUCGCAGGCGGUCGAAGCGCUGGAUUUGCCCAUGCCGGGAUGUUUCCGUAUGCGAAGCCACAGCUACGUGAGGGCUAUUGAACGUGGCUGCUCACAGGAUGAUGAAAGUUUGUCUCUUAGGCCAGCAUCACCGCCUCGAACAACCACUACGGUGAGGACCAUCCAAAGCAGUACUGGCAUACACCAGACACCACGGAUCCGGAAACUUUCCAAGCAUUCGCUGCUGGGAAUUGAUAGAUGGAAAAUCCUGGGCGCCUUGUUGGAUAAGGGUACCUGCCAGUUAUACUAA